AUGAACAGCACUGCGCCCGGACUACGGUUGCUCAGGCCUCCGACAGUGAUAGGCCAGUUCCACACACUGUUCUUCGGCUCUGUGCGCAUGUUCUUUCUCGGGGUCCUUGGAUUCGCCGUCUAUGGCAAUGAGGCCCUCCAUUUCAGCUGCGAUCCGGACAAAAGAGAGCUAAACCUCUACUGUUACAACCAGUUCAGGCCUAUAACACCUCAGGUAUUCUGGGCAUUGCAGCUCGUUACUGUAUUGGUGCCUGGGGCUGUGUUCCAUCUCUAUGCUGCCUGUAAAAAUAUCGAUCAGGAGGAAAUCCUUCAACGGCUCAUUUACACGGUCUUUUACAUCAUAUCUGUCCUGUUGCGGAUCGUUCUGGAAGUCGUAGCGUUUUGGCUCCAAAGCCACCUCUUUGGAUUCCAGGUUCACCCUCUGUACACGUGUGACGCCAGUGCCCUUGAGAAGAUGUUCAACGUCACCAAGUGUAUGGUUCCUGAGCACGUUGAGAAGACCAUCUUCCUCAGCGCGAUGUACACCUUCACCAUCAUCACCAUACUGCUCUGCGUUGCUGAGAUUUUUGAGAUCCUCUGUCGAAGGCUGGGCUUCUUAAGCCAACCAGUGACUUGA